ACCUGGUUCGGCCUGCCUGCCUCCACUCCAGCCUCCACCAUGUCCAUCAGGGUGACCCAGAAGUCCUACAAGUUGUCCUCUGGACCCCGGUCCUUCAGCAGCCGCUCCUACACGAGUGUGCCCAGUUCCCGCAUCAGCUCCUCGAGUGUCUCCCGUGUGAGCAGCAGCCGGAGUGGCCUGACCCUGGGCGGGGGCUACCCUGGGGCAGUUGGUACGGGGAACCUCACAACCGUCACGGUGAACCAGAGCCUGCUGAACCCCCUUAAUCUGGAGGUGGACCCCACCCUCCAUGCCGUGCGCACCCAGGAGAAGGAGCAGAUCAAGAGCCUCAACAACAAGUUUGCCUCCUUCAUCGACAAGGUGCGGUUCCUGGAGCAGCAGAACAAGAUGCUGGAGACCAAGUGGAGCCUCCUGCAGCAGCAGAAGACGGCUCGGAGCAACAUGGACAACAUGUUCGAGAGCUACAUCAACAACCUUCGGCGGCAGCUGGACUCACUGGGCCAGGAGAAGCUGAAGCUGGAGGCAGAGCUUAACAAUAUGCAGGGGCUAGUGGAGGACUUCAAGAAUAAGUAUGAGGAUGAGAUCAACAAGCGCACAGAGAUGGAGAAUGAAUUCGUCCUCAUCAAGAAGGAUGUGGACGAAGCUUAUAUGAACAAGGUGGAGCUGGAGUCUCGUCUGGAAGGGCUGACGGAUGAGAUCAACUUCCUCAGGCAGCUGUAUGAAGAGGAGAUCCGUGAGCUGCAGUCCCAGAUCUCGGACACGUUUGUGGUCCUGUCCAUGGACAAUAGCCGUUCCCUGGACAUGGACGGCAUCAUCGCUGAGGUCAAGGCUCAGUACGAGGAGAUUGCAAACCGUAGCCGGGCCGAGGCUGAGAGCAUGUACCAGAUCAAGUAUGAGGAGCUGCAGAACCAGGCUAGAAAGCAUGGGGAUGACCUGCGUCGCUCAAAGACGGAGAUCACUGAGAUGAACCGGAACAUCAGCCGGCUCCAGGCUGAGAUUGAGGGCCUCAAAGGCCAGAGGGCUUCCCUGGAGGCUGCCAUUGCUGAUGCUGAGCAGCGUGGGGAGCUGGCCGUCAAGGAUGCCAACAACAAGGUGGCUGAGCUGCAGGAAGCCCUGCAGCGGGCCAAGCAGGACGCGGCGCGGCAGCUGCGCGAGUACCAGGAUCUCCUGAACGUCAAGCUUGGCCUGGACAUUGAGAUCGCCACCUACCGCAAGCUGCUGGAGGGCGAGGAGAACAGGCUGGAGUCUGGGAUGAAUAACAUGAGUAUCCAUACGAAGACCACUACUGGCUACUCAGGUGGGCUGAGCUUCACAAGCCCGAGCUACGCUGUGACUUCCUUCCCGCCCGCCUUCAGCUCUGGUGGGAGCUCCAUCCCCUUCAGCCGCACCAGCUCCUCCAAGGCUGUGGUUGUGAAGAAGAUCGAGACCCGUGAUGGGAAGCUGGUGUCCGAGUCCUCCGAUGUCCUGCCCAAGUGAACGGCCACUGCAGUCCCUCCCAGCCUCCCCACUCCUGUGGCUGCCCCAGAGCCUGUGGGGGAGGCAGCUGCACUGGGGAGUGUGGGGAAUAGGAGACCCACCUGAGGCUCAACCCUAGCCCUAGCCCUCACCCUUGGCCCACCCUUGGGGGUAGUCUCCUGCCUGGGGUAUCCCCUCUUGCUCAUGCCCCAACUA